AGCGACAUCACGGAAGUUCCUUUACGGUUCUGGAAUGUUGCUUCGAUCCUGUAUUCACAGUGCUGUGUGUCGCGACGGUUCCUUCCUGCGCUGAACGAUCACGUGACCCACCUCUUCUCCCUCCCGGUCCCUAUAUAGGUUGCUGCUGUCUUUUUGCACAUAAUUUGUGAGAUAUGUGGAAGAACGUGAGUAAAGGUUCCAAAGUGUUCUGGAGAAUAAACAAUGUAACCUGCAGCCACAAAUCCCACCUUGCGUUGUCAGAAUAUGUCCCGGCAUGUCCCGCACCAAAUCCUCAUCAAGUUGAGCAACUUCAGGACUUUGUAUCUCGAUCCCGGCGUCUAUUUGUGAUGACGGGAGCUGGAAUCUCCACUGAGUCUGGAAUUCCAGACUAUCGCUCAGAAGGGGUCGGGUUGUAUUCCAGGACUGAAAGAAGACCCAUCCAGCAUGCAGUGUUUGUCAAGAGUCAGGCUGCCAGGCAGCGAUAUUGGGCUCGUAACUUUGUAGGAUGGCCUCAGUUUUCUUCUCAUAAGCCAAAUGCAGCACAUGAAACUCUAUGUAAAUGGGAAAGAGCUGGGAGAUUGCAUUGGCUGGUGACACAGAAUGUGGAUGCAUUACACACCAAGGCUGGGCAGUGCCGCUUGUCAGAAUUACAUGGAUGUACUCACAGGGUGAUAUGUCUUGGAUGCCAGACAGUGACUAAAAGAUCAGAGCUGCAGGAAAGGUUUCUGAUUCUCAAUCCAUCCUGGAAUGAGCAGGCACACGGGUUGGCUCCUGAUGGUGAUGUCUUUCUGACAGAUGAGCAGGUGGCAAACUUUCAGGUCCCAGCAUGUACUAAGUGUGGGGGAAUUCUAAAGCCCCAAGUCACGUUCUUUGGAGACACUGUGAGCCGAGGUUUUGUGUUCUCCAUAUAUGAGCAAAUGAACCAGGCUGAUGCUGUGCUUGUAGUUGGCUCCUCAUUGCAAGUUUAUUCUGGUUAUCGGUUUGCACUUAAGGCCCAAGAACUACAUCUUCCAAUUGCAAUCCUCAACAUUGGGCCCACUCGUGCAGAUCACUUGGCAACUGUUAAAGUCAUUGGCCGCUGUGGAGAUGUAUUGCCACACAUAUUGCUACGGGAUCAAUGGCAAGAAGAAAGUCAAAGCUAAUACUAUUCACUUGGGAAAUAUGCAAAAUAGACAUGCCAGAUGAAGUGACUUCACAUUAUUGUCUGUUGGUAAUUCUGGUUCUCCAGAUCAAGAAACUCUUUGCUUUCUAAUUGACUACUGUAAUUAUAAAAAAAAAAAACAUUAAAGGGGGGGUUGUUCACCUUUAAAUUAACUUUUAGUAUGAUGUAGACAGUGAUAUUCAGAGAUAAUUUGCAAUUGGUUUUUAUUUGUAGUAAUUUAGGUUUACAUUCAGCUUCUCUCCAGUUUGCAAUUUCAAAUUUGUAAUUUGCAAAUUACCCUAGCAACCACAUAUUGAUUUGCACAAGAGUCUAGAAUAUGAAUAGGAGAGGCCUGAAUAGGAAGACGAGUAAUAAAAAGUAGCAAUGACAAUAAAGGUGUAGUGUUACAGAGCAUUUGGUUUAGAUUCUAUCAGUGACCCCCCCAUUUGAAAUCUGGAAAGAGUCAGAAGAAGAAGGCAAAUAAUUCAAAAACUAUAAGAAAUCAAAAGUGAAGGACAAUUGAAAAGUUGCUUAGAAUUAGCCAUUCUAUAACAUACUAAAAGUUUGCAUAAAGGGGAGCCACCCCUUUAAAAUUGGAAAAAUACUAUACACUAUGGGCCAAUUUUAUUCAGGUAGACAGCAGUGCUGUGGGUUCUGGAAAAUGGCAGAGGGCUGCUAUGAGAUGCCAUAGACCGUCACUAUUUAGUGGGCUGGUGGGAGGCUGUUUGGGACCCUGUUUACUUGGAAUGCAAGGCCUAUUGUGAAUCCCAGUCCAGAUCUGCUUUAAAGCCAUACUGUACUGUUCAUAUACCCUCCUCAAUCCACCGCUAGAAACACCUGGAAGCAAAAAAACAUUGGCUACACCCUUCAACGAGGUGCUCUGGUCUGAAAGUCACACCAGCUUAGGGUAAAUGGUUGAUGACUUUGGUCAGUAGAGAUACCUACCUACAAAUUGCCAUAUCCCUGGGGUUUUUUUUUUUUUUACGUUUCCUUUAAGGAAAAAUGAUGAUCCAUUUCAUAUCUACAGCUAAUAUAGAAAGCCACAAAUCCAACAUAAUUUUACAAUAACGAUAUUGAUUAAAUUUUCCCACUAGCUGUUACAAAUCCUACAAUCUUAAUAUUGUUUAUCUAUUUAUUAUGUGCAGUUGGUAAGGAUGUUACUGAGACACGGUUUCAAACUAUAGCACUGUCACUUUUAUCUGAUUUCUGGAUCGGCCCACAACAGGUUGACUUCAAGACUACCUCAAGUUUCAUGUUGUCUUUAUCCAGACAAUUACAUUGUUUCUUAUGGAAUAAUAAUAAAGAUCUACAUUGUCAUUAAA